AUGAACCUGAACGCAGAACAUUCCCGACUCACCGAAAUUGAAUCAAACCUCAUCAGGCUUCACAAAGAUCUCAUUUCUAUCGAAUCCAUUACUGGCAAUGAGUAUGAUAUUGGUCAAUAUUUAUAUUCUUACCUUUCAUCCCGCAAUUUUACGGUUGAAACUCAACAUGUCUCUCCUAACCAAUCACCAUCCAAUGUCCACAACGUGUAUGACGAACCACGACUCAAUAUCUUCGCAUAUAAAGGGACAACACGAAAUACUAGACUUCUAAUCACAACUCAUAUGGAUACAGUCGGACCAUAUAUUCCAUAUUCACGUUCUUCAAAUGGAGAAGAGAAUAAAAUUUGUGGUCGAGGAAGUACCGACGCCAAGGGAUGCAUGGCUUCUCAAAUUAUGGCUGUUGAAGAAUUGAUAGCUGAGGAUUCAAUUCAUGAGGGUGAUAUCGGAUUACUCUUUGUAGUCGGGGAGGAAACAGACGGUGCUGGUAUGAAAAGAGCCAGCGAAAUAUUCCAGCAAGAUGGCACGACAUGGGAGAGUGUCAUUUUCGGGGAACCAUCGGAACACAAAUUGGUUCUUGGACACAAAGGUGCACUUGCGUUUGAGAUAAUUGCUCAUGGGAAGGACGCCCAUAGCUCCUAUCCAGAAUUGGGGAUAAACGCAAUUAGUAUCCUGAUAAAGGCACUAGCGGAGAUUGAUGGAAUGAGACUACCCGGAAGUGAUAAGUUGGGUGAAACGACCACAAGUAUCGGGAUGAUACAGGGCGGUGUGGCAUUGAACGUCAUUCCGGCAACCGCAUCAGCUUCCGUCUUGACAAGACUGGCAGCCGGGACACCCGAACAAGCUAUGAAAAGGAUCGAAUCUAUCAUCGCGAGUCUCGAUAUCGAUGAGGGAAGUGUGGAGGUGAAACUUGGUCGUCAUUUCGGUCCUGUGGACUGUAACGUUGAUAUAGAUGGUUUCGAGACGGAUGUAAAGCGAGGAGGAACUGAUGUUCCAAAUCUUAAAGGAAGUCAUAAGCGUUAUUUAAUCGGACCCGGAUCUGGGUUUUCUCUUGCCGACUUCUGCCCCGAAUGUUACAUAGUGGAAAAUCCCACGGCAUCCCUUUCCAAUCAAGCUGCGGCUAAAAGAUUCGGCACAGAAUAUGAGUUUGAUCAACUUCGCUUCGAAGAGUCCAACUUGCCGGAGAAAGCUAAUGCUGUGUUGAAUCGAGCGCGUACCUUUGUGAAUAUGAACUUUGAGCCAGAUGUUAGAGAUAAUCUUGAUAUUUUUUGCUCUAACGAGCGACUCAACCUCGAUGUUUAUAGUCAUCUUUACCUCGUCGUUUUUCAACAACUUCUACCUCACCUUUGGCUCACUAUUAGAGCUGGUCGAGCACAGGAAAUACCCCGAGAGCAUAGAAUUAUAAUAUUGCAAUUAAGGCAGGCUAUACUUCGAGAUCUUGCAUUUAAUUAUGCAGAGACCAAUUACAAGGAGAAAAAAGAGGAAGGAAAAUGGAGACAAGCGAUGGGUGCCGACGCCCCGCUCAUUGCAGAAGUUUGCGUUAAUCCUUCAGCUGAUAGAUGCAUGAUAUGCCUGGAAUCGCUGAAUAACGGGCCGUGUCUAAAGUUAAAGUGUAACCACACGUACCACAAAGAUUGCCUUGCACUGAUGGUCGAGUUCAAGGGAUGCGCCAUCUGCAGAGAUGAAUGCCGUGGUCCAUUGCCUGAUAUAUCAGUAGAGAAUGAUGGACCAUGGCCAGAAUGGUUACAAGCGAUCGCUCCUUUUCAACGCCCACGAGUACAGGAAGAGCUUCUUGCGCAGCCUCCCCCUACAGAUGAGGAAAUAAGUGGAUUAGAGGCGGCCUUCAAUCAAACUCAAAAAAGAACUGCGGAGUUGUACGAGAAUGUGCUGCGUGAUCAACAAGAUCUUUCGAAUGCCAGAUUCAAAGUGGAAGGCACUGAACACAACAUGAAAGAAGCUUCGUCGAAUAUAAGUGAGCUUGUGUGGGUCGAACAUAAUAGUCGCAUGGCUGCUGGAGUAGACGAGGGAAAGGAACCGAUAAAGGAAACAUGCACGCGCUAUGAACAAAUGCUCUACAUGAAAAGACUGGAGGUAAUGGAUUACGAGUUCGAUCACAUAAAAAGCCUUAAGGAAUACAAUAAGUUACCUUCUGAUGCUACCCAAGAGCUCAACCAUAGGUUAUAUCGACGGAAAGAGUGGGUAGGCGCGCGAAGUCUAUAUCAUACUCAGAAAAGAAAGCAGACAAUAGGACAGGCAUUGGAAAGUAUUUACUUCAAUAUUCUACCCUUUGACGACACAUGGAGUCUUCGCAAUCUCAGGGAGGAGGAAGGCGAAGCAGAGGAAAGGUUGAGUCAAUCUGAACACCUGUGGAGACAAAGUAUAGUUGCGCGGGAUGACGCUAAAGAUAGGUGGGAAUUUGCUCUAUAUCAUAAGUCUUUGUUUGAGUCCAAUGAAUAA